AUGGCAUGCGACAUCGUAAAAUAUGUUGCAGUAUGGUAUUGGAAAUCAAACGAGAAUCCGUGUUCUAUGAAUGAAAUUGAAACAUGGCAAAAUUAUUCGGCAAUCGAUAAUGAAAUGAUAGAAAAUGAAUUUAAAAAAAAUGCAAAACACAUAAUACUUGAUGAAUAUAUUAUUGAUUUUGAGAAGUUAAUUCAAACUAAUAAAGAUCACUCAAACGGAAAGAAAGAGCGUCCAGUUAAGCGUAUUCUAGAAGAUGUAACAACGCAUCCACGUAACAUUAAUUAUAAAGAAAGAUUGUAUUCUACUGAAUUACCAGAAAAGACAAUAGGAAAUAUUAACUGGAAUUGUUGGUAUGAAGAAAAAUCAUUAAAACGUAUGCCACCCAAUUGCGGAAAAUUUAUUCGCGAAUGGUUGUAUCAAUUGUUGCCUGAAUAUAUUGAGUGGACUCCGGAAGAUUAUCAGCAAUAUGUUACAGCAUUAGCUCGUGGUUUUGUACAAACAAAACAUCCGCAAUAUAUAUCAGAUGUAAUCCAAAAUCCUCGAAAGGCCUAUCCAUCCGGUAGCAAUGUUCUAACUAAACUAUCAAAGGAGUUGUCAACUUCCAAAUCAAUUUGGGUAAUUUAUCCACGUUCUACGGGUUAUUUAACAGAUGAUUCAGAAUAUUUGCAAUUGCUUGAAUGUGCUCAUCAAAUUUCACACGAAACAAAUACACCGCUAGUGACAACAAUUGAAGACUAUCCUACAAUAUUAAAAAGAAAUGGUGGAUCAACGGCUGGUUAUAGACGAGCUAGAGGAACAUGGCAAAUAACAGAAGAACAUAAAAUGGAAUGGUUGGAAUAUGUUGUUAAAGAAGCAGCUCAGGGUAUAAUUGAAGAAGGUGAAAAAGUUGGUAAACUAAUUGCCGCCAAAUAUAUUGCCGAUGCUCUAUUACAAGCGUUUAAAGAUGAUGAUCUUUGGCGUUGUUGUAUUUAUUUAUAUACACUUGAAUCAUUUCUUUAUCGAUGUAUUAACCGAGCUUUAAGAGAUGAAGAUAUAACUAAAUUAAAAUCAUUAGGACCAUACUGCUAUCUAUUACAUUGGAGUCUUAUUGGUGAUCAAUCAGUUAAUGUUUCGAACAAUAAAGAAAAGCAGCUUUUUACAGGUAUAGUUUAUCGUGGUAUGAACCUUGAAGAAUGGGCAAUUGAAUCUUAUAAAACAGCUAAAGAUUCCUAUAGAUCAUGGCCUGCGUUCACAUCAACUACAAAAAAUCGUGAAAUAGCAUCAUUAUUUGGAAAUGUAUUGUUUAUUAUCGAUAUACAAAAUGAUGUAUUUAUAUCUCAAGAUAUUUCAAUGGUAUCACAAAUGAAAGACGAAGAAGAAGUUUUAUUACGUGCAGGAACAAUAUUCAAAAUAUUAGAUAUCGAGUAUGAUACCACUGAAGAAAAGCAUCUAAUCUAUCUUGUUAUUGGCGACUUAAAUUAUUAUACAUUCAAUGUUAGAAAAGCCUGCAAUAAGAUAAAUGUAUUAGAAGAUGAAUAA